AUGUAUCAGACGCAAUAAUGUGAGACUACUAACAAAUUUAAUUGUCCAGGAAAUGAAGCAAGCUUUAUUGAGGACUCUGACCCAGAGUUUCAUAAACUUUUAAACUUUCAAAAUAGCAUCAUUGCUCACAUAGAACUAAAAAUGCGUCAGUCAAUGCUUUCAAAAGGACCUUUGGUGAUUUUAGCGCCUAGAGUCUUAAGGAAAAGCAUACUCAUCCCUGUAAAUAUGUAAUCUUUCGUUUAAUAAUAAUACUCGAACAUACCCAAGGUUAAAUGUGACUUGAACCGUAUUUUUUGUACAUCAUUAAUGAAUAAAAACUUAACUAUCCCUCCUCUAACCUCAUUCUUAUUCACACUCUACACGUUUCAUUAAUACUUGAGGGAUGAUCACAAAGAUAUAGUGAGUUUAACCAUCUAUUUACAAAUCUCAAGAAGAUCAAGAUUUAAUAUUUCCAAGAUAACUUAGGAACCUUCUCAUAAAGCAUAUUUUGAAAUGGAUAGUAUGUUUAGCAAUAACUAUAACCGCCAUGAUUGGCCAGGAUUUGACUUCGAAUUGAAUUCCACUCAGUUCUUGAUGGGUGAUGACUAUAUGAAAAAUUUCGACAAUUUAAUGGCAGAUGAUCAUCCCGAAUUUUCGCAUGAUCAUAUGCAACAUCAUGAAUUGCUAGCUGAAUCUCGAAAUGAUAAGGAUUUUUUCAGGUAAUAUGACUCAGACUUCUAGCUACCCCCAGCCAUUAUAUAGGUUAAAUCCCCUCUAGAAACAAAAUAACUAAGGGACGAGAUCUUAAUGAAAGACAACUUAAUUUAGGGCAAUAUCACUGACUAUGAUCACCUAGGUAGUAGGUCUACUAGUGAAAAGAGCAGCGAUUUAUCAAGCAAGAGAUUCGUUCAUGAGCAUAAUUAGUACAUCCACGGUUUCUAGCCUGAAAUUCAAAUUCAGCCCAUUAGUCAUACAACCAGAGGAAGAACUCUAAAGAAUCCUAUUCAUCAGGAUUUCAUCUAUUAUCAUCGAUCAUCUCGAAACAUUCAAGUAAGCGGCAAUUAACCAAGAUCUAAGCCAAAGGCUAAUGAAUCAAUCUAGACUCAGAAUUCCUCGAGAAAAUCAGUGACUGGGAAAAUCGUAGCUAACAGGCAUCUGAAAUUUUCCAAAAAGCAGGAAAAAUCCCGUGCCAAAUAACAGCUUAAGAUGAAGAAUAUGAUGUCCAAUAAGCAAAAAUUGAAUUUAAAGAGAGCUCCUGUAAAAGCCCCUAUUCAAAAUAAUAUGAUUCAAGGAAAGCAGAGUCAGAAUAAGAAGAAGAGUGUAACUAGCUCAACUGACAAGAGCAAGAAAGUGUAAAUAAUCUCUCCAAUCGACAGAAAGAAAACACAGAGCCAAUUAUUCAAUAUCCAAGAGGUUAUUGUCAGCAGCGAGUUGACCGGAAGAAUAGAUACGACAAACUGGAGAAAUCAAGCUAAUAUAGUGACACCAGACUUUAAAAGGGCCUAGAGUAUGAUGAUUCCAAAUAAAAAAUCCCUAUCUAGAAAUGAAACCAGCAAUCAAUUAGCUCAAAGUUCAUCGAUAUCAACUGAACAGAGCAUAUCCUGUUCUCCUCAAUAAAUUCAAAGUAAAACUUCUCAAAAAAAGAAUAAUAGCUCAUGUUAAAGGAAUUUAAGCAGCAAUUUUAGAUCGAUUAAAAACAUUAUUAAUAAAGCUUGCCCAUAGCAGAUUUUCAUAGUUGAAGACUCAAAGUUUGAUCAAAUAAGGAAAAUCAGAGAGAAAGAAGCUUAAAAGAAUUUGACUGAAUAGGAAGAAAGCGAGGAAGAGCUGACUGAUGACGAAUGCUAUUUAAAUAGACAUUAAUCUAACGAGAAAGAAGAAAUUUAAAGAUAUAAUAUUGGUUUAGAUAAAAAACAUUUGCUAUAAAUCCAAUCUGUUUCUUCUUAAAAGAUCGAGGUAUCAGCUGAUGCUAAUUAAUUGAAACCAAAGUAAAUUAAGUCAAAAUAGCAAAAAUCAAAGGAUAGUAGUGAACAAAAAAUCAUUGAAUAAAAGUCCAAAAAAUCUCUUCUUCAGAAAAGAAAAAUAAGAGAUGAUUAGUAAGAUUUGAAUUAAAUCGUAUAAAAUGCCCCUAAAAAAGCCCCAAAGACUAAUCUAAACAUAACAGUCCCAAUGCUUAAUUCACCUCAAUAUAACCUCAGAAGAAAUGUGGGCAAAAUUAUGGACGAUAAUUUCGUUUACGAAAAAUAAAUCAAUAUCAAAAAGACCUAACAAGAGCUUCAAGGUAUAAAGAAUUUAGCUCAAAAUUUGACUAAUCAAAGAGAUGACUACCUUUUGCUAGGCAGUCAAAAAUGA